AUGCGUCCCACUAAAUAAUAGGAUUAUUAAUUGAUAACUCCUCGAUCUCCAGAAAGGAUUCUCAAAAAAAGAAUUCUAAAUAAUCAAUCAUAGUAUUUAAUGAAAUGGAAAGGGUCUGAAUAAACUACAUGGGAAUAUGAAGAAAAUGUUCGACGUUCAAUUUUGGAAGAAUUCCUUUAAAAUUAACAAUCUUUUUAAGAGUAAAAAUAAAAAAAUCUUAAAAAUACAGCCUCAUAAUUACCUGUAUUAUAAUAAGUACAAUAAAGUCUCAAACAUCCUAGCUAUUCUGAAGAACUUCUCUUAAAUAAAUAAAAAGAAAUGGCAUAAAAAUUUUGUUGUUCUUAUCCUUAAAAAUGUGAUGAAAUAGAUAGUGUUCAUUUAAUGUUAACAAAUGAAGAUUGUGUAUUUGAAGUUAAAUGGAAACCAAGAGCAGAUGGAGUAGUACCUAUUUCAGAUUUCUACUAAUAUGAUUAAUUCAAAUUGGCAGCUCCAUUACUAUUUAUGAAUUUCUUAGAAAAUUGCAUAGUAGGUCAUGAAAAUAAUACAGAUAUUAAAUUCUAUGCUCCUGGAAAAGAUAAUGUAGAAAGAGCUUAAUUGAUUAAGAGAAUAUUACUUCGUAAUCCAAAAUAUACAGAUUCUAACAAAUAACAUAAUUAUGUGGUUAUUGAAGAAUAGAAAUAAUAAGACUCUCCUUAAGUUUUAUAACUAAAUAAAAAUACAAUAAUUAACUUUACCCAAUCUGAUACUAAAAAAAUUAUUGUAAAUUAACAGACAGAAUCAUUAGAUAAAAAUUAAUGUCCUUAAUAAGUUAGCGAAAAGAAAAAUACAAUAAUAAUUUAAGAGUCUUAUGAAAUUCAUUAAUAAUAAUUAGAUUCAAAUUCAUAAUAGGAAAUUUAAUAAUAAUAGCAAUCAAUUGAUGAAAGGGAAAUAGGAGAAUUGGUAGAUCCUGAUGAAAAUUAAUUAAAUGAUCAAUAAUUGGAAUAGAGAUCUAUUUCUUUAGAACCUUAAAAAUGA